GUCAGACAUCAAUUGGUUCCUAGAUAAUAGAUCAUGCCACCCCACCCUGGCAGGGACCUCUGGGGACCAGCUGGGAGCUGGAAGAGUUGCACGCAGCAGCUCAGCCCUGAGUUAAUCAAAGUAGCAACAGGAUCUCAAGCAGCAGGCAGCAGUGACGGCAGUGGCAAGAGUAGUGGUGGCGGCGGCAGCAUUAUGCGUGAUUACUGACAGGCACCAGCUGCUGCUGCACCGCCGGCUCCACGCACUAUGUGGACUCCCCGAUCCGGCAGCAGAUUCCUGACUAAUCCCAGAGGGCUGGCCCAGCCUGUGCUCCCGGGACUGCAAGGAAGCAAUGACCGCUCUUGUUAGCCCAAGUUGAAGAAAGCCGGGCUGUGCCUAGGAGCUGGGAGAGGCCGGAAUAUUCAGAAGACGCAUGAGAGAGGAGCAUGAACUGAAGAGUAAACAUGUAUGGAAAUUAUUCUCACUUCAUGAAGUUUCCCACAGGCUUCGGCGGCUCCCCGGGUCACGCUGGCUCCACGUCCAUGAGCCCGUCAGCAGCUUUGUCCACUGGGAAGCCCAUGGACAGUCACCCCAGCUACACGAACACCCCAGUGAGCGCCCCACGAACACUGAGUGCGGUGGGGACACCCCUCAAUGCCCUGGGUUCUCCGUAUCGAGUCAUCACUUCUGCCAUGGGCCCGCCCUCAGGGGCACUGGCAGCGCCUCCAGGAAUGAAUCUGGUUGCACCACCUAGCUCUCAGCUCAAUGUGGUCAACAGCGUCAGCAGUUCGGAGGACAUCAAGCCUUUACCAGGACUCCCUGGGCUUGGCAACAUGAGCUACCCGUCCACCAGUCCUGGGGCCCUGGUUAAACACAUCUGUGCCAUCUGUGGGGACAGAUCCUCAGGAAAGCACUAUGGGGUGUACAGUUGUGAAGGCUGCAAAGGGUUCUUCAAGAGGACCAUAAGGAAAGACCUCAUCUACACGUGCCGGGAUAAUAAAGACUGCCUCAUCGACAAGCGCCAGCGCAACCGCUGCCAGUACUGCCGCUACCAGAAGUGCCUCGUCAUGGGCAUGAAGAGGGAAGCUGUGCAAGAAGAAAGGCAGAGGAGCCGGGAACGAGCCGAGAGUGAGGCCAAAGGUGCCAGCAGUGGCCACGAAGACAUGCCCGUGGAGAGGAUUCUAGAAGCAGAACUCGCUGUUGAACCAAAGACAGAAUCCUAUGGUGACAUGAACAUGGAGAACUCGACAAACGACCCUGUCACCAACAUAUGCCACGCUGCUGACAAGCAGCUUUUUACCCUUGUUGAAUGGGCCAAGCGCAUCCCCCACUUCUCGGAUCUCACCUUGGAGGACCAGGUCAUUCUGCUCCGGGCAGGGUGGAAUGAGCUGCUGAUCGCCUCUUUCUCGCACCGCUCUGUUUCCGUGCAGGAUGGCAUCCUUCUGGCCACAGGCCUGCACGUGCACCGGAGCAGCGCCCACAGUGCUGGUGUGGGCUCCAUCUUUGACAGAGUCCUCACCGAGCUGGUUUCCAAAAUGAAAGACAUGCAGAUGGACAAGUCGGAGCUGGGGUGCCUGCGAGCCAUAGUGCUGUUUAACCCAGAUGCCAAGGGUCUGUCCAACCCCUCGGAGGUGGAGACCCUGCGAGAGAAGGUUUACGCCACCCUGGAGGCCUAUACCAAGCAGAAGUAUCCCGAGCAGCCAGGCAGGUUUGCCAAGCUGCUGCUACGCCUCCCUGCUCUGCGCUCCAUCGGCUUGAAAUGCCUAGAGCACCUCUUCUUCUUCAAGCUCAUAGGGGACACCCCCAUUGACACCUUCCUUAUGGAGAUGUUGGAGACCCCACUGCAGAUCACCUGAGCGCCGCCAGCCACCCCCCCCCACCUGGGCAGGUGUGUGUGGAGCCCCACCCUGCCCACGUUCCUCCACUGCCCAGCCCGACCCCCACACUCUUAUUCCUAAAAUGUGAUGCUUACAAUAAAGAAAUGCUUUCUACACGUGA